AUGGAAAAAUUUCUUAAUGGUAUGAUAAUUAAAUUAUUUAGAAUUAAGGAGAGUUGACAUAUUUGGUUACUAAAUCACAUUGAGAAUGAAUUAGCAAUCCACAUAUAGAACAGCUUUGGGAGGAGUGAUGUCCAUUAUUGUGAUUGGAGUGAUGAUAUGGCAGUUUUCAGCUAACUUUAAUUCGCUUCUCAACAAGGAAUAAUUGAAUGCUGUAUCCAUCACAGAGUACGACCCCAAAGUAUCGGAUAAUACAAUAACAGAUAAACAGUUGCUAUUUGCUAUUGCAAUAUAACAGGAGGACUUUCUUCACAAUCCCUUUUUCAACAUCUCUCUAGUCUAGAAGUAUAACAAAGUCAUCAUAAUUUUUAGAUUAAAUUAUAAGUAUCAGAAUGGUUCUCAAGAGUCUUUGUCUAAAGAAAUCCCUCUAGUUGAAUGUACGGAAGACCGAUUCGAAAAGUACUUUUAGGAAGAAGGGAGUGACUUUUCCUAACUGUAUUUCAACUCGUCCUCUUUAUCAGAUUAUCUCUGUCCAGUGUAAAAGAAAUGAUUAUAUUAGGGAGGAAGCAAAUUUCAAGUUGGGAGGUACACACAUAAGUAAAAUUUAGUUAUAAACAUCUAGGUGAGGACUUUUCGUAUUUAUAAAUUAUUAUAAGCAAAUGCAAUGCUCAAGAAGCUUUGAAUAGAGGGUACGAGUGUGCCAACCAGGAACAACUGGAUGAAUUUCUGGCAUAACAUGGCAGCUUUAAAUUUCAAAUCUAUAACAUCAACUCUAUUAUCAAUCCCUAUAAAUCGGAUGACAACUACAAGCAACUCUAUUUGGAUGACUCAUUGCAAUAUACUUUCAUUCCCAAUAAAAUUGGAAGAACUAUAGAUGUCUAUCUAAAACAUUACCACAUAGUUUAGGAUAACAGUUUGAUACCGUUGAGGUAAUUUUGAAAGUUAAGAUUUAAGUGAAACUUAUGUAACUGACACAUUUGCAAUUGAAUAAUUAGAAACUAAGGUUGUGUCUGAAAUCGGAAAUCAGGCAUCUGAUUAAUACGUAUAGAUCAACUUCAAACGAAGUCCAUUCAAGACUACCAUCACAAGAAAUUAUAUGAAAUUUGAUGAAAUGUUAUCCAAUUUGGGAGGAAUCCAAUAAAUCCUAUUCUUCUUCGUCGGAAUUGUCGUAACCCUAUACAAUAAAUUAUAAAGUAAUCAAUAACCCCCUAUUAUUUAAGUGAUGAUCGAAUUGGCUAAUAGAGUCUAUGAAUUUUCAUUAGACAAUACUGAAAAAUUGAGAUAAUAAUAGGAGAAAUUGGAAUUGAUAAAUCUAGCCUUAUAGUAAUAACAAAGAUAGUAAAAGGAACCUGGUUCAUCAGUCAAUAAUUCAGAUGAGGAGGAUAAGCCUCAAACAGUUCAUCAAACACUGAUAAAUCAAAAGGAGAACAACCAAGUAAUAAAGAAAUUAACAGGAGUCAAACGAUUCAAGGCUGUUGUCUAAUACUUAACUGUAUUCAAACAAAAUAAUCUAUAAAACCAACAAAAAAAGGAGAGUUUUCGGAUUAUUUAAGAUCAAUAGAUGUUAGCAAUAUAAUUGAAUUGCAAAUCUGGUUUGGAAUAUUUUGAGAAACAAAUCAAAUCAAUAAUAAGUAGAGCUAAACCUAUAUAUUUAUCAUUUAAAAUCUUGGCGAAUGUGAUCACUUGUAACAGAUUGUUUUCAAAAUAGCCCAGAAUAAGGUUGAUUAAUAAAGGCAUGCAGUAGGCAGCUGAAUAAAUAGACAUUUAUAACAUUGUUUAAAACAUGAAUGAGAUGAUUAAAUUGAAAGAAGUAGUAUUAUCCUAUCAUCAAUAAUUGAUGUUCGGUUUUACUCCGAAACCUCAGAUCACCCUAGAUGACAGGACGACAUAACCUACUCGAGAUAUUCUGACUCUGAAAUUGAAGGAAAAGGAUCAAGAUGAAGAAAUCGGAGGUGGAGACAUAUUCAAACUCAAGCGAGGGAGUGCCAAUCAGGACAAUUAUCUAUUUUAUGCCAAAAUUUAUAAUGUAAUUUGUUUAAUGUACAUUAACAAGUCGUAUGAUGAUGUUCUUAGAUAGAGUGAGGAUGAUGUGCAGAAUAAAAAUAACAAUGUCAGCAAAUAAUUAAUUGAAAAAUUAGGUCCUGAAUUGCAGUUGAUAUUUAAACUAUCUAAAUUGAUUGAUUUCCAAUCUCAAAAUAGUACAUAGGUUCAAGUAAAGACUCCUCAUCGUAGAGGUGCUAUGCAACAAAAAGAACAAAACGUGUAUGCAAAAAUGUUUAAUCCAAACACCUGA